AUGUCGACCUUUGGCCACCUCUUUCGCGUCACUACCUAUGGUGAAAGUCACUGCGCUUCCGUAGGAGCAAUUGUAGAUGGAUGCCCGCCGGGCCUUAACUUGGAACCCAGUGACAUCCAAGUCCAACUCAAUAGAAGGCGUCCUGGUCAAAGUAAUCUCACUACUCCCAGAAACGAAAAAGAUUUGGUGCACAUCCAAUCCGGAAUCGAAUACGGUGUUACCCUUGGAACACCCAUAUCUUUGCUAGUCAAGAACGAGGACCAAAGGCCGCACGAUUAUUCCGAGACGGAUUUGUACCCCCGACCCAGUCACGCUGACUACACCUACCUGGAAAAGUAUGGCAUCAAGGCCAGCAGUGGCGGUGGACGGAGUAGUGCACGCGAAACCAUCGGCAGGGUCGCUGCAGGCGCCAUUGCCGAGAAGUAUCUCAAACUUGCAUAUGGCAUUGAGGUCGUCGCAUUUGUUUCAUCAGUGGGAAAGAUCCACCUGCCAUCAACCGUGGUAUCUCCAUCCUCUGGUGAUGCAGACAAUGACGACGCUCAGGACGCGAUAUCCGAGGAAUUCAGACACCUGUUGGCAACCGUUACACGAGAACAGGUAGACAGCCACCCUAUACGAUGCCCACACCCCGAGACAGCGGAACGUAUGACUAAGCGCAUCGUACGGGCAAAAGAAGCGAUGGACUCUAUCGGUGGGACCAUCACCUGUGUCAUCCGUAACGUUCCCUCGGGACUUGGUGAACCUGUUUUCGACAAGUUCGAAGCUACAUUGGGACAUGCUAUGCUCUCCAUCCCGGCAACUAAGGCUUUCGAAAUCGGAUCUGGUUUCAAGGGGACAGAGGUACCUGGAAGCAAGCACAAUGAUCCUUUCGUGAAGCGUGAUGACGGUCGACUCGGAACAAAGUCUAACUGGAGUGGCGGUGUGCAAGGAGGCAUCACUAAUGGGGAGGAUAUUUAUUUCCGGAUCGGAUUCAAGUCGCCAGCGACCAUUUCGCAAGCUCAAGAUACCGCACAACAUGACCCUUGUGUGGUACCGCGAGCUGUUCCCAUUGUUGAGGCCAUGGCAUGCAUCGUCAUCAUGGAUCAAUUACUCAUCCAGAACUCCAGAAAAACAGCGGCGAGUCUUCUGCCGCCAGUAACAACCCUACCGUCGACGAUGGUUUUACCGAAGAAAGCAUAA